GUAGCUACAGCGUCAGGAACUAGAGCACAACAUGAUGGAGACCGUAGCCAGGCAGUUCCCCUCAGAGUUAACUUUUUAAUCCCGGUUUUGUCGCGUUAUCACACACAAGAGAAGGAGGCGGAGGAGGUCGGGCAGAGAAAAGGGGCUAAAAAGUCAGUCAUGGUUUGAGGUUAGCGUGAAAGUCGGAGCGUCUACUUGCAACUGAAGCACGUUGAUAUUUAACUGUGAGGAAAAGAAGUAGAAGACGAGGGAAAAGGGAAAGGGAAGCCCGGAGAAGCGAGAGAAAAGCGGGGUACAAGAUGCAGCUGGCCGCGGUGCUGUGGGGCUCCCUGAUAACUUUGCUGCUCAGCCAGAGUCCAGGAGUCCAGGGCAGCGCUGAGUGUUCUUGUGGGAGGAACCACUUCACAUGUGCGGUCAGUGCAUUCGGAGAGUGUACCUGCAUCCCCGCCCAGUGGCAGUGUGACGGAGAUAACGACUGCGGGGACCACAGCGACGAGGACGGAUGCAUGCUUCCUACCUGCUCGCCGCUGGACUUCCACUGCGACAACGGCAAAUGUAUCCGUCGCUCCUGGGUGUGUGACGGAGACAACGACUGCGAGGACGACUCUGACGAACAGGACUGUCCUCCCAGAGAGUGCGAAGAGGACGAGUUUCACUGCCAAAAUGGCUACUGUAUUCGCAGCCUCUGGCACUGUGACGGCGACAACGAUUGCGGGGACAACAGUGAUGAACAGUGCGACAUGCGUAAAUGUUCAGACAAGGAGUUCCGCUGCACAGAUGGCAGUUGUAUCGCUGAGCACUGGUACUGUGAUGGAGACACGGACUGUAAGGACGGAUCAGACGAGGAAAACUGCCCCUCAGAUGUAAUGGCAGCCACCUGCAGCGUGGAGGAGUUCCAGUGUGCAUACGGCCGCUGUAUCCUGGACAUCUACCACUGUGACGGAGACGACGACUGUGGAGACUGGUCGGACGAGUCGGACUGCUCUUCCCACCAGCCCUGCAGAUCGGUAGAAUUCAUGUGCAGCAGCGGGAUGUGCAUCAACGCUGGCUGGAGGUGUGACGGCGAAUUUGACUGUGACGACCAAUCGGACGAGAAGAACUGCACCACGUCCAUGUGCACGGCUGACCAGUUCCGCUGCGGAACUGGACGCUGCGUCCGGUUGUCGUGGAGAUGUGAUGGCGAGCCUGACUGCUCCGACCGCAGUGAUGAAGAGGGCUGCGAGAAAACUGAGAGUCCUCCAUGUGCUCCUGAUCAGUUCCAGUGUGGGAAUGGACGCUGUAUCGGUCAGAGGAAGGUGUGCAAUGAGGUCAACGACUGCGGAGACGGGACUGAUGAACACCCACACCACGACUGCCGUCCGCGUUCCAGCGAGGGCAACUGUAACCAGAAUAACGGAGGCUGCUCCCAGAAGUGUCAGAUGGUCAGAGGACUGGUCCAAUGCACCUGUCACACUGGAUACCGACUGAUGGACGACGGCAAAGCCUGCCAGGAUGUGGACGAGUGUGCUGAAGAAGGCUACUGCAGCCAGGGCUGUACCAACACGGAGGGGGGGUUCCAGUGCUGGUGCGUUCAGGGCUACGAGCUCCGACCUGACAAGCGCAGCUGCAAAGCUUUGGGUCCAGAGCCCGUGCUGCUGUUCGCCAACCGUAUCGACAUCCGUCAGGUUUUGCCGCAUCGUUCCGAGUACACCCUGCUGCUAAACAACCUGGAGAACGCUAUCGCCCUGGACUUCCACCACAGCCGCGAGCUGGUCUUCUGGUCCGACGUGACACUGGACCGCAUCAUGAAGGCCAACCUCAACGGCUCCAACGUGGAAGAGGUUGUCUCCACCGGUCUGGAGAGCCCAGGUGGACUGGCCAUAGACUGGAUCCAUGACAAGUUGUACUGGACAGACUCGGGGACGUCUCGUAUCGAGGUGGCAAACCUGGACGGGACGCACCGCAAGGUGCUGCUGUGGCAGAACAUGGAGAAGCCCCGAGCCAUCGCGCUGCACCCCAUAGAGGGUAAGAUCUACUGGACAGACUGGGGCAACACACCUCGCAUCGAGUACGCCAACAUGGAUGGCUCCAACCGGCGGGUCAUCGCAGACACACACCUGUUCUGGCCCAACGGCCUCACCAUUGACUAUGCCGGCCGCCGCAUGUACUGGGUGGAUGCAAAGCACCAUGUCAUCGAGAGGGCAGACCUCGAUGGACGCAACCGCAAGGCCGUCAUCAGCCAAGGCUUACCCCACCCGUUUGCCAUCACGGUGUUUGAGGACAGCCUAUACUGGACUGACUGGCACACCAAGAGCAUCAACAGUGCCAAUAAAUUCACCGGCAAGAACCAGGAGAUUAUUCGCAACAAGCUGCACUUUCCCAUGGACAUCCACACCCUGCACCCCCAGAGGCAGCCUGCAGGUGGCAGGAACCGCUGUGGCACCAACAACGGAGGCUGCAGCCACCUGUGUCUCCCCAGCAACAAGACGCACACCUGCGCCUGUCCCACCGGCUUCAAGAAGGUGGACCACAACAACUGUGCCAACGGUCUUGACAAGUUCCUGCUUUUUGCCCGAAGGACGGACAUCCGACGAAUCAGCUUCGAUACAGAGGACAUGUCCGAUGAUGUCAUCCCUCUUGCUGACGUGCGCAAUGCCGUGGCACUGGACUGGGACGCCAAAGACGGCUACCUAUACUGGACGGAUGUCACCACCGACUCCAUUAACAGAGCGCUUUGGAACGGCACCAAGCAGGAGGUGGUGGUGGACACCAGUCUGGAGAGCCCAGCAGGUUUGGCAAUUGACUGGGUGACCAACAAGCUCUACUGGACCGAUGCUGGUACGGAUCGUAUCGAGGUUUCUAAUGCCGAUGGGAGCAUGCGGACUGUGCUGAUAUGGGAGAACCUGGACCGGCCCAGGGACAUUGUCGUUGAUCCAAUCGGAGGUUUCAUGUACUGGACGGACUGGGGUGCCAACCCAAAGAUUGAGCGUGCAGGAAUGGACGCCUCCAGUCGCAUCGUCAUCAUCUCAUCUAAUCUGACUUGGCCCAACGGGCUCGCCAUUGACUACGAGACCAAACGCCUGUACUGGGCCGACGCUGGCAUGAAGACUAUUGAAUUUGGCAACUUUGAUGGUUCUGACCGACAGGUUUUGAUUGGCAGCCAGCUGCCUCACCCCUUUGGCCUGACAGUACACGAGGACAAGCUGUACUGGACAGACUGGCAGUCCAAGAGCAUCCAGAGCGCUGACAAGCUCACCGGCUUGGGAAGACUCACACUGGCCGAAAACCUGGAGAACCUCAUGGACAUUCACAUGUUCCACCGACACCGCGAGACAGUGCGUAACCCGUGUGCGGUGAAUAAUGGAGGUUGCAGCCACCUCUGUCUCCUGGCUCCUGCUCCCAAAGCCUCCAGCUGUGCCUGUCCCACUGGGAUCAAUCUGCAGACGGAUGGAAAGACCUGCACGCCUGGAAUGAGCAGCUUCCUGAUCUUUGCACGGAGGACGGACAUCAGGAUGGUUUCUUUGGAUAUCCCCUACUUCGCUGAUGUGGUUCUGGCUGUCAACAGCUCCAUGAAAAACACCAUCGCCAUCGGGGUCGACCCCAAAGAAGGAAAAGUCUAUUGGUCUGACAGUACGCUGAAGAAAAUCAGCAGGUCCAACAUCAACGGAAAAGCACAAGAAGACAUCAUAUCUACAGGGUUGGUGACGACUGAUGGCCUGGCGGUGGAUGCUGUUGGCAGGAAGAUCUACUGGACGGACACGGGAACCAACCGCAUCGAGGUCGCCAACCUGGACGGAACCAUGAGGAAAGUUCUCGUCUGGCAAAACCUGGACAGCCCUCGAGCCAUCGCCCUCUACAAUGAGAUGGGUUAUAUGUACUGGACAGACUGGGGAGAGCACGCUAAGCUGGAACGCUCAGCAAUGGAUGGUUCAGACCGCGUGGUCCUCAUCAGCAACAACCUGGGUUGGCCCAACGGCCUGGCCAUUGACAUGGCCGGCUCACAGUUACUGUGGGCUGACGCUCACACUGAGCGCAUUGAGGCAGCCGACCUGAACGGGCAGAAUCGCCACACCCUGGUGACUCCAGUCCAGCACCCGUACGGUUUAACCCUGCUGGGGUCCCACAUCUACUGGACCGACUGGCAGAGCCGCAGCAUCCAGCGAGCUGACAAGAACACCGGGACCAACACCAUCACGGUGCGAGCCAACCUGCCGGGCCUGAUGGACAUCCAGGCUGUGGACCGGGAGAGGCCACUGGGUUUUAAUAAGUGUGGCAGGAGGAACGGGGGCUGCACCCACCUGUGCCUACCCCGUCCCAAUGAUACAUCCUGCGCCUGUCCCACCGGCAUCCUGCUCAAGGGAGACGGCAGGUCGUGUGACGACUCCCCAGAGUCGUUCCUGCUCUUCUCCAACCGCGUCAGUGUGCGGAGAAUCUCCCUCGACACCAACGACCACACCGAUGUGCACGUACCGGUGCCCGAGCUGCACAACGUCAUCUCACUGGACUACGACAGCGUGGACGGAAAACUCUACUACACCGAUGUCACCCUGGAUGUUAUAAGGCGUGCAAACCUAGACGGCAGUGGCAUGGAGACGGUGAUCAGCCAGGGCCUGAAGACCACAGAUGGGCUGGCUGUGGACUGGGUGGCCAGGAACAUGUACUGGACCGACACCGGGCGCAACACUAUCGAGGUGGCCCGCCUGGAUGGAACGAGCCGCAAAGUCCUGGUCAACAACAGUUUGGACGAACCCCGAGCCAUCGCAGUGUUCCCAAGCAAAGGGUUCCUGUUCUGGACUGACUGGGGUCACAUCGCAAAGAUUGAGCGAUCUCACCUGGACGGCUCGGACCGAAAGGUUCUGAUCAACACCGACCUGGGCUGGCCCAACGGUCUCACACUAGACUACGACACGCGAAGGAUUUUCUGGGUGGACGCACACUUGGACAGGAUAGAGAGUUCAGACCUGAACGGGAAACUGCGCCAGGUCCUCGUCAGCCCGGUGUCCCACCCGUUCGCCCUCACACAGUUGAAGCCGGUGUCCUCCCCUCUAACUCCUUUCUCCCGACUCUCGCAGCAAGACCGCUGGAUCUACUGGACGGACUGGCAGACUAAGUCCAUCCAGCGGGUGGACAAACACACCGGCCGUAACAAGGAAACCGUGCUGGCCAACGUGGAGGGCCUCAUGGACAUUAUAGUGGUAUCGCCUCACAGACAGACAGGGACCAAUCUCUGUGGGGUGAACAAUGGCGGCUGCACUCACCUCUGCUUUGCCAAGACCAACAGUUUUGUGUGUGCCUGCCCUGAUGAACCAGAUGGACGACCCUGCUCCACCAUUUCAGGUUACGUCCCCACCUCUCCUGCCAGGGGAACCAGCAGCACUCCUGUCCCCAACAAGAUCCCCAAAGCUCCAACAGACACUCCACAUGGAGGACCAUCGCGGGUCAACUGCACUGACAAGAACCUAAACGUAGAAGGCUGCUUGAGCAACGUGGUGACAGCUCCUCACGGAGAAGGACUUCAUAUCAGCUAUGUGAUCGGUGGAGUUCUGACCAUCCUGGCUAUUCUGAUCCUCAUUGCUGCUUUGAUCAUUUACAGACAUAAAAAGUCAAAGUUUGCUGACCCGGGAGUGAGCAACCUGACCUACAGUAAUCCCUCGUAUCGGACGUCCACACAAGAGGUCAAGAUUGAGGCGUCGCAAAAGCCUCCAAUAUACAACCAGCUUCGAUAUAAGAAAGAGGGGGGAGUGGACGGAGGCUACACCAAGGAGAAGAUCCGCAUUGUGGAGGGUGUGUGUCUCCUGUCCAAUGAGGAGCUUUACUGGGAUGACCUAAAACAGAUCAAGCCGUCCCGAGGCGGCUUGCACACCUGCAUGCGUACAGACACCGUGUCCCUGCAGGCCAGCAGUGCUUCACUCGAUGAUGGCGAAACGGAGCAGCUCCUCCAGGAGGAAGCUUCCGAAUGCUCCUCCAUAACCACUCUGACCCCUUCAGCCAUCACCCCGCAGCGCCACGCCCAGCACAGCCUCCCCGACACCGGCUGGGCCUCCACGCGCAAGCCCUCCACCGAGAGCGAAGUGUGAGGGAGGCCCCCUGCCCUCGGUGCUUUAUCUCAACCUCCGUUACCUAAUACACACACACACACACACACACACACCUGUAUUUAAAGCUGGUACAAACACACAAAGAUAAAUAGGUACAAGCAGUAACAGUUGCAUACGUAAAGUAAGGGUACAAAUGAACCUGGUUAGACACAACUAAGCUCCCAUAAACACAACUCCUGUUUCUGAAACUGGGGCUCCGUCCUACUUGUGUUAAAAUCAAACAGAAACACACACACACACACGCACACCUGCAGUACAGUCCCUCAACAGUUCCCUCAGUGCUACUGCCUUUAGGCAAAAUGAUAAACUAAUGAGCAUGCUGGAAUAAGAAAAGCAGAGGACUCUGGGGAGGAAGUGAACGGAGAGACACAAGCGUUAUUUGGAGCCUUUUUAAAAGGAUGCAGACUCUCGAUGCGACAAACUCUUCUGUGUACAACUUCACCUUUUUUUUUUUUUUUUUUUUUUUCAAUGUAACCCCGAUGCUCCCUCUAAUGCCACUCAUGUCUUUAUGAACUCUAUUUAUGAACGUUUUUGUACUUGUGGAGUGGGUUUGCUGACUUUCAGAAAAUGGCGAGAGUGUUGUGUUAAGAGACUUUGUGCCGCAGGACCCGGGUAUUCAAGAGUUGUAUUUAUGACAGUGCCAAAGGGUGGGGAUUCACAGAGUCCCCAUGCUUCUUUCAGCAAUUACACUUCAAUAGAAUUGUAUAUUAAUUAUUGGAUGUUUCUUUUGUUUGACUUUACUGACUUGCCCUCGCCGGUAGGAGACCUCAGUGAUGACACCGCCUGCUUUCUUCUUCUGUAUUUUACAGCCUCCAACCGGACAUGCAAGGACUUACUGUAGCUGGUACUCUCAGUUGGUUGCAGAAGUCCAUUCAUCCUUUGCAAAAAUAUACUGAAAGGAGCCUUUGUUUUGUUUUAAAGUUGUAAUUCAACCAUUGCUGAUCCUCUGGCAUAGCAGAGGAUCCCACGAUGAAGUAACCUUAGCCUAAGUGCCAAACAUUUUGUUCUUUUUCCUCCUUCAGCUGUAUAAUUAUUUUUUUUCUCACUCCGAGGUUUUUAAAAUGUUUGUGACAUUCUUUUUACUUGGGUUUGGUCACCCACAUCACAGAAAAAAUACAUGUUCUCAGACAUGUACCACUGGGGCUAUUCGGCCAUGCAGAUAGUUGUGGUUUUAUCUACCCAGGUGUUAGACAUAUGUCUCUGGGAUUUCUUCUGCCCAAAAACACUUUGUAACUACCCUCUCAAUGCAAUCUCUCAUUGGUCUUCCUAAAAAAAAAAAGUAAAACCUGUUCCUGGGGUUUACUAUCCAGAUAAAUAAUCAUCUACGACAGCACUUAGUAUUAGAAUUUGAAGCUCUCUGAUUAAUUUUUUUUAGCGCUAAAAUAAAACAAACAUGUCCCUUGAAUUUCUUUCUGCACAGCAGUACGAGUAUUAUGCAUCGUCAUCACCAUUGUUAGCUCAUCCAUGCUAUCCACCCACAUUCUUUAUUAACGUCAUCUCUCCACCUUUGUAGCUGUA